UUUGAAUUGUUUCGCCAAUCUAUCGCCCAUCGCCUGAUUUGGAAUGUUGCAAUCCUUUCGAUUUGUACCGCAUGAUUUUGUUGUACUACUUGUAGUUGCAGAACGCCGUAAAUUUCUCGGCGGUGAUUCUGUUUUGAGACGAGAGUUUGUUGUCUCUCGAUCCCGAUGAUGAAAGCUUCGAUCUUUGGAUUUUGUUUCGCCGGAUGAUGAAUAUGAAGGUUGGAUCUUGUCGUUGAAUGGAAGAAGGUAAACGGAAGAAGAAGCGAAUGCCUACGACUGGCCAAUCCGGGCUCGCGCAAAUGGGGGAGCCUGAAGAGCUGCAAGAAAUCGAGAAAGUUGAGGACUCGGAGGAGGCAGUGGAGACGGCGGCCUUGGAGCCCAAGGGGAUCCCUCCGUGGUCCAAGCAAAUAACCCUCCGCGGCCUCUCCGCGAGCCUCGCGAUCGGGAUCAUUUACAGCGUGGUAGUGAUGAAGCUCAAUCUCACUACUGGCCUCGUGCCCACUCUCAACGUCUCAGCCGCCCUCCUUGCCUUCGUCGUCCUUAGGACUUGGACCAAGCUCCUCCACAAGAUGGGCGUCACAACGACCCCCUUCACGCGGCAGGAGAACACCGUGGUGCAAACCUGCGCCGUCGCUUGCUAUAGCAUCGCGGUUGGAGGUGGAUUUGGUUCUUAUCUUUUGGGGCUGAACAAGAAGACUUAUGAGCAAGCAGGGGUGGAUACACCGGGGAAUGUUCCAGGAAGCUACAAAGAGCCUGGGAUUGGUUGGAUGACUACAUUUCUUCUCACUAUUGGUUUUGUUGGACUGUUGGCCUUGGUUCCUCUGAGAAAGAUCAUGAUCAUUGAUUACAAGUUGGAGUAUCCAAGUGGGACGGCAACUGCUGUGCUUAUCAAUGGCUUCCAUACUCCUGGAGGUGACAAAUUGGCUAAGAAGCAAGUAUAUGGGUUCGCAAAGUAUUUCACAAUGAGUUUCGUGUGGAGCUUUUUCCAGUGGUUCUUCACAGCAGGAGAUGCCUGUGGAUUCUCACAGUUGCCCACCUUUGGUCUAACAGCAUUGAAACAGACUUUUUUCUUUGAUUUUAGCCUGACAUAUGUUGGAGCUGGCAUGAUUUGCUCGUACAUUGUGAACCUCUCUCUCAUUCUUGGCGCAGCCAUUUCCUGGGGAAUAAUGUGGCCACUAAUAAGGGGACUUAAAGGUGAUUGGUAUUCCGAUAACUUACCAGAGAGUAGCAUGAAAAGCUUACAAGGCUACAAGGUCUUCAUAUCGAUUUCUCUUAUCCUUGGAGAUGGUCUCUAUAAUUUCUUGAAAAUUUUAGCUUUCAUAGUGAGAAGCAUGCAUACAAGAGCAGUAUCCGAAAAUUUUAACAGAGUGGCAGAUGCAGACAAUGACAAUGAAGUCCUUGAUGAUGUGCGACGUAAUGAGUUAUUCGUAAAAGAGAGCAUACCAGUGUGGUUAGUCUACUCUGGAUAUGUUCUUUUUGCUGUGAUUUCCAUUAUUUCGAUACCUCUCAUGUUCCCAGAGGUGAAGUGGUACUAUGUGGUCAUUGCUUACAUCCUUGCACCAGCUCUUGGUUUCUGCAAUGCUUACGGCACUGGCCUAACGGACAUGAACAUGGCCUACAAUUAUGGCAAAGUGUCUCUCUUCAUACUCGCUGCAUGUGCCGGGAAUGACUCCGGUGUAGUUUCUGGCCUCAUCGGAUGUGGACUAAUAAAGUCUGUCGUUUACAUUUGUGCUGAUUUGAUGCAUGAUUUCAAGACUGGGCAUCUCACAAUGACAUCCCCAAGGUCAAUGCUUCUUAGUCAGGCCAUCGGAACAGCCAUGGGCUGUAUCAUUGCCCCCUUGACAUUCUUCCUCUUCUACAAGGCCUUCGACGUGGGGAACCCAGAUGGGAAUUGGAAGGCUCCUUAUGCAUUAAUAUACAGAAACAUGGCGAUACUUGGCGUGGAGGGCUUCUCAGCACUCCCACGUCAUUGCCUACAGCUCUGUUAUGGAUUCUUCGGGUUUGCACUGGUGGCCAACAUUCUGAGAGAUGCUUUACCAGCUAAUUAUGGAUGUUGGGCACCUCUCCCAAUGGCCAUGGCAGUGCCAUUUCUGGUCGGUGCUAGCUUCGCGAUCAACAUGUGUGUUGGGAGCUUGAUAGUUUUCAUCUGGCACAAACUCGAUAGCAAAACAGCCACUUUGAUGGUACCUGCUGUUGCAUCUGGUUUGAUCUGCGGAGAUGGAUUGUGGAUUCUACCAUCAUCUUUGCUCGCGUUGGCUAAGGUCAAUCCCCCUCUUUGCAUCAAGUUUGUGACUGGCUCAUAGAGCGUGUGUGUGUAUAUAUAUAUAUAUAGCAAAAUGAGCAGGAAAGGAGCAACAAGAAGAGCUUCGAUGCAGAUUCUCGAUAGACAGAGUACAGCGAAAAGUGAGACAGCGACAAGGCAAAGAUUUCACUGUUUUGUGCACCAUUAGUGACAAUAUCAAUGCUCCAUCUCACCCCCAAUGUCAAAGAAUCAGAUGGGACAACUUGCAUUAGUUACUGGCCAUGGAGAAGGCUUCACACCAAUUGGGAUAUGUUCCGAUACACCGCUAACGGUAUGUUUCAGAAAUUUCAAGCGCAAGUAAAAAAACCAUGAGCGAUCUGGCCUCUGCCUACCACACACGAAUAUCAGUUCUUUCAUCCCAAUCGGUAAACAAUUGAGAGCCAAACAGCUUUCGUGAAAAAAAUAUGGAAGUUGCUUGUUCUUUUCCCCCUGUUUUCUGCGUUUCUAGUUGAACUUGGAUUAGAUAUGAUACUUGUUUGUGUUUCAGAUAGACAGGUAAACUCGAUAGAAAUCUCAUCUCAAUGUCACAUAUGAAGUUCCAAAUCUCAUUUAGAGUUGGGAUACUUGUCCCAGACCGGAAUGAGACAGUGUUGGGCCAUUUGUCAUGUUGUACUAAGGUGUGUUGGUGCACUAUGUCGGAGAAGGGGAGAAGAUGAAGAGGCGGAAAGGAGAGAACAAGAGAGAUAAUAUUUACAUGUGAAAAAUCUUAGUUGAUCGAUUUGUUUUGCUGUUCUGGA